AAUGUCUUCUUCCAGGGCUCAUCCGUAUAAUACCAGAUUGGAGAGGGGGCCAGGAGGCAGUAGCUAUACUCCCCUGCUACUCUCUCAUUGCAGUUAAACUGCUCCCAUCCAACCACCCACUUUCUCUCUCUAAUUCAGUACCAUCACCACCCCUUUCAUUUAUUUUCCAUUCAUUCAUUCAUUCCUUUAAUUUAUUCCUCCAUAAAACCGUGGUUAUGCUUUCAGCAAUUUAGAGAGAGAAAGUGGAGGAGGAGAGAUGCCGUUGGUGAGGGUUGAGGUUAGAAACGAGUACGGAUUGGGAUUGCAUGAGCUGUACGGCGAUGCGAAUAGAGAAGAUCCGAAGGCCGUUCUUGACGGCGUUGCUGUCGCCGGUCUUGUUGGGAUCUUGCGUCAGCUAGGCGAUCUCGCCGAAUUUGCUGCAGAGGUUUUUCAUGGCUUACAGGAGCAAGUGACAACUACAGCUUCUAGAAGUCAUAAAUUGUUGGUUCGUGUACAACAAAUUGAAGCUGCACUCCCUCUACUUGAGAAGUCCAUACUGGCCCAAAGAAGCCACAUACAUUUUGCUUACACUGCUGGUUCCAACUGGCAUGCCAGUAUUCCAAAUGAACAAAAUCAUUUCAUCUACCAUGACUUGCCACGAUUUAUCAUGGAUUCCUAUGAAGAAUGUCGUGAUCCUCCACGUUUGCACUUGCUGGACAAAUUUGAUACUGGUGGCCUGGGAUCCUGCUUAAAGCGAUAUUCAGAUCCAACCUUCUUUAGGAGAGCCUCAGUUGGCUCUGAUGAAGCAAAUGCUGAAAAGGCCCAAAGAGAUAAGGCUCGCAAAAUAAAGAAGAAAAGAUCAUUGCAGAGGAAUGGAGAAUUAUCUCGCAGUGCAUCAAUUUCGAAUCGCAGUGGCAGAGUGCAAUAUACUUCUGCAAAUGUUCGUGGGCAAACUUCUCCCUCUCGAACUGUCUCCACAGUUGACAUGGCAUUGAAAUCUGAUCUCGGAGACCAUUCAAAUUCUUUUGAUUCAAGAACUGGGUCAGGCUAUAUAGAAUGUGUUUUCCAUCUAAGCUCCCCAUUCAACCUGAAACAGCAACCUAAGGGAUCAUCCUCUGGUUUGAAGAUGCAGAUUCACGAUACCUUUGAUUCAGCCUCACCAGAUGGACAGACCAAACUUCUAGAAAAUGGUUUUCCACACAAUUCACCACAGAAGCAAACUGGCUGUAGUUCAUCUUGUGUUACCUGGGAUGAAAAGACAGAAAUAGUGGAGCCUAAGGGUCAGGAGUCUGAUGGGGAUGAGGCUUCAGAGAUGCUCCCAACAAUCUGUAACCUUGAAACACAGGAGAGGGCCCCUGUUAGCAUUAGAAAUGUUGACGAAAUGGACAUACUACUUGUUGAUGACCCUGUUAGCAUUAGAAAUGUUGACGAAAUGGACAUACUGCUUGUUGAUGAAAAUUCUCCUAAAUCAAUCUCGGGAGGGAACCAGAUUGAUGAAAUAGAAAGUGAAACAGAUAAUUACAUGGACGCGCUUAACACCAUUGAUUCAGAAUCUGAAAAUGAUUUUGAUUGCCAAACGAAACGAGAAGUGGAGCAAUACUCCUCCCACUUUAAUAAUGAAGGAACAGAAGAUAGAGAUAAUAAGACGCUUGGGUCAGAACAUCAUCCAUCUGAUCUUGAAUCUUGCACCGCAUCCCACAGUUCCUCAAACCAAGGCAUGUCCUUGAAUUCACCCAAUUCAGUUCCUUCAGUGUGUUUGGUCCAUGAACAGCCAACACUAAUAGCUGGCAAAUCUCCUCCUUCUGAGAGCUCACCAGUCAUUGAGGCAAGUGCUGAUUUUCUUGAUGGUUCAAAAAGGGAGUCUGUCAUUAGCAAUCUGUCAUCCUCCACAUCCCCAAUUUCUAAUUCUCAGGGGCCAACAGACGAUAAGGUCAGAAGCAGUUUUUGUGAGUCUCAAGAAUCUUCUGCUGAUGUUUCCAGUGUUCAUUCGGUUAAGUUUUGGACAAAUGGUGGCCUGUUAGGUCUUGAGCCCUCAAAACCUCCAGACUUCAGUGUGUCAAAUGCUGUAAAUCCGGAUUCUCGUCCUUCAACUUGCUCUGUUAUGCAGACUGGUGAUCCACGAUCAGGGAAACUUGAUAGGUCGGUUGAGAACUCUGUAUGUAUUGAAAAGGAUCUGGCUUCUAAAUGCUCUACAUCACGCCCUGGUGAUCAAGAAGAUGGUGUCUCCAUAAAGAGGAAAUCUUGGGGAUUUUCAUCGGCUGGUUUAGAUACCAAACCUGAAAAACUUAGUGAUUCUCAUCAGAGUGCUAGGUUUGGUCAUGCCCAUGAGCAGGGUUUGAAUGUUGCUGGUCCUGUGACACCUAGAACUGAACUGCCAGUUGUCCCAGAUGAAACUGGAUCUAUUGAAACCAAUAAAGAGAACAAUGAAAACUCAUCUAGAGGGUUUGGACUUGGUCACACAUUACUCAUAAAUGGAUUUCGAAGAAAUGUAUCCCUUGUCCAGGAUGAAAAAUCUGAACCAGCUAGCUCUGCAAAAAGUAGUGCAUUUGAGGAGACAAGUGGGCACCAAAGUGUUUCAUAUCAAACUUAUCCUGAGACUGACUUCAAAAAGCAGUUUGGCCGUGAAUCUCCAAUAAAUUCACUUUCUUCUUCACCACCCCUUGAACAGAUGAAAAUAUCUUUCCACCCCAUAAAUGGCUUCGAGACUUCCAAAUUGAAACUUAAAUUUCCUGAUGGUAGUCACUGUAAUGAAAGCAUCAGAGAUAUGUUUCCUUCAUUUCAAUUGGUUCCAGAUCCUGCUACUCCUUUGCAUGACAUUGAUUUCGACUCUGAUGAUGACACGUUCUGUCGGUCAUCUCCUUGUAUGUCUGAUGAUUGUCUUAGCCAUCACUCUGAGUCAAACUCUGAGCAGUGGGAAUGUAGUGAAACUCUGAUAAACAAGGAUCACGAGCUAUAUGAUGCCUUAUGCAGGAUCUCAUCAACAGAAUCUGUUUCAAGUUCUCAGGAGCUUGAGGGAGUAGCCCAUGGAACCAUUCGUGCAGACUCUGGACACAUUGCAAAUGGUGUGGAACCUUCUCAGUCUGGUCUUUUACUUGAUCUUCCAAGUUUUGAUGCUGUGAAUCCUUUACUUAAACAAGAAAUAAAAGAUGAUUCUGAUCCAAGAGUUUUGCUGGAAGUACAAUAUCCUAAGGAGUCUAUGCCACCGCCACCACCUCUGCCGCCACUUCAAUGGCGAGCUUUGAAACCUGACUCAGAUAUGGCAGAAGAAAAACAAUAUGUCAUAUCAGAAGCUUUAGAUCAUUUGUUUGAUCUGAAGCUCUUGGAAUCUACGGAUUCCCAGCACAGUGAACCAGUCCUAGCUAGGCAACAACAAAAUGUGGAGGCCAAUGCAUGUAAACCAAAAAGCAAUGUGAUUGAGAAGCAGGACAGGCAGAAGUCAAAUGGGCAGAAAGAAGUGAAUGAGGCUGCAAAUGGCAAGAAGAUGGAUGAAAGGGAAGAUUUCCUUGAGCAAAUCAGAACAAAAUCGUUUAGCCUGCGACGCACAGCGACUCCAAGGCUGACGGUUAUGCCAGCACCCGCUACUAAUGUCUCAGUCACGGCAAUUCUGGAAAAGGCAAAUGCAAUCCGCCAGGCUGUUGGAAGUGAUGAUGGAGAAGACGAUGAUAACUGGAGUGACACUUGAUUUUCUCUCGAUGUGAUUAUGGCAAGCCCAUGAGAAGCUGAAACGAUUGUAGUUUUGGAUUUGGUGAAAGUUUGAUGAGGCUUUGUUAAUAUAUAUGUGAAUAAUUUGGGUUCCUUUGUGUAAUUAAUUUGUAGGGCAUAUCCUGUAUCUUAAUGCAAUUAUUUCUUCAAUUCUUCAAUUAUGUUGCUCUAAACGCUGAGUUAGGAUAUCGAGUCCACCAUGGUGUACCCUAUGUUUAUGAGGCUGUAAUUUAUGCAUAAUGCCUGAGAAAAUUCCUUUUUUGGUAA